UCUUAAUUUUGAGAUAUCAAUGUACAACAACAAUGGCAGCAGCCGAGCCGACACAACCUGAGGCGACAAACCCUGUCCCGGCUGAUGUUCCCAAAACAAGCAACGGGCCAGCCGAAGGAUACGAGAAGAAAUGUAUUUUCUGCAAGAUUAUAAACAAUGAAAUGGGCACGGAGCUCCUUCACUGUGAUGAGGAGAUCUCAUGUUUCAGAGACAUCAAACCCGCAGCUCCUCACCAUUACCUGGUCGUCCCAAACAAACAUGUAGGGAACUGUAAAUCACUCAGCAAAGAGCAUGUGCCUUUGGUAAUGAGGAUGGUCGACACAGGGAAGGAGAUUCUUCAGAAGAACAAUGUAACAGACCUCAGUGAUGUCAGGUUCGGGUUCCACUGGCCCCCAUUCUGCUCUGUCACACACCUACACCUUCAUGUCCUGGCACCUGCCAGCCAAAUGGGCUUCAUGUCCCGCCUCUUCUACAGACUCAACUCCUAUUGGUUCAUCACAGCAGACCAGCUGAUUGAGCUUCUCAGCUCUAAAGGAGAGACCAACUGAUCACUGGCUUUGGAUCCAAGACUUACACUACUUGACUUUGAUGUGACUGUGACAUCCACCUUCUUGCAGAUGUCAUCAUGGAUGACUCACACUUAUAUUAAGUUGCUGUCUGUUGGGUCAGAGCUGAUGGCACAGUGUUAAACUGUUGACCACUUUUCAGUCUGGAUGCCAAAUGAAGGCUUGAAUGGAGCCAAAUCUUUUUUUGCUAUUUGAAACAUGCCACACAAAUGUUUCUUUUAAUGUUUUCACGGAAGAAGUGUAUUAAAUCUCCAUCAAUCUGCUGUGACAAAAAUGUAUUUACCGUAUGGACCAAGAAGUAUACGCGGUGAUUCACCUGCUUUCAUCUGUUGAUUAGCAAAGGUGGAAGGUAUUAACCCAUAUAAUUUACAAGCUGAUUUCCUAACGUGCACGUCUGUCUUAGUGCUUUGCAAAUCCGAUUUUAUGCAUGUAUAACUGAAAUGUAUUUAAACUCUGUAAGAAAAACGAAUCAAUGUAACUCAUAUAUCGACAUAACAUAUUGGACAGCUGUGUCUACCAUGAGUUCUGCUGCUAUGUUGAGUUAUCUCUUUACUGAUGGACAUUUUGUGGCCUAGCUGAUGUGGGUCAAAGCACAGAGUAACAUCUUCAUUAAUUAUUUACACAGCUCCUAAAGAGUGGAAGCAGCUAUAUUAUUCUCUGACCUCUUUGUAAUGAGCUCAACAAGCACUGAAAUAUAGUGGGGUAUUUGUACAUGCUCAUCUUUUAUUUGAUGCAGUGUCUCAGGAUUGUGUUAAAGUAUGCAUUAUGAAAUAACUGAUAGCUGCAUGAAGUGGAUAUUUAUGCUAUAUGAUUCUGCUGUAUGCAAAGGAAUGUAAAGACAGAAAAUCAUACUGU